CUACCAGUCUUAGAUAAAUGGUUUGAUAUAGAUAUUACAUAAAUAAUUAACUUCCCUCUGUCUUAAUUGCAUAUAUUUUCGAAGAAAAAAAAAAUAAAGAAGAAUUUUACAGGUAUUUCUGACAGUAGUAUUACAUAGAAUUUCGUGUUUAGAUCAUCAGAAGAAGUUUCUAUAGCUUCCCAAAUUCGAAAUCCCCAAAACCCAGGGUACUUGCAUUCGUCUGUUUCACAUUGUUGAAGGAAAGAAUACUCAUUAGUAUAGUUGUUAACAUCUGCUGUAGUCUCACUGUGUUUUAACCACAAUGACUAAUGGUUCACCUAAUUUGAUAUUUUAAUGGAUUUGCAAUGGCAUAAUAAGAGAGCUCUUUUAUAUCACAAUGCCAAGGAAACCAGACUUGAAUACUUUGCCUUGUGGCAUACCAGAGUUUAUUUGACUAGGUGAAAUGGAAAAGAAAAGAACAGACGACUAUGAACAGGGGCCACUUCCUUCAACAAAACCAUUAGAUAGAUUUGGUUUUGUAAAGCAAGAGCUUAAUAAUCCUCCAGACAGCUUAACCAAGGGCAGGUCAGCCUAUGAGUUUGGGAGGGAGGAAAGAAGGGUAAGAAAAUGGAGGAAGAUGAUUGGGGUUGGAGGAAGUGACUGGAAGCACUAUGUUAGGAGAAAACCUCAUGUGGUCAAGAGGCGUAUAAGAAAGGGAAUUCCAGAUUGUUUAAGGGGUCUUGUUUGGCAGUUGAUCUCUGGAAGUCGAGACCUUCUGCUGAUGAAUCCUGGGGUCUAUGAGCAAUUAGUUAUAUAUGAGACAUCAGCGUCAGAGCUGGAUAUAAUUCGAGAUAUUUCUCGCACCUUCCCUUCACAUGUAUUCUUCCAGCAGAGACAUGGACCUGGUCAAAGGUCCCUCUACAAUGUUUUGAAGGCAUACUCUGUCUUUGAUAGAGAUGUUGGAUACGUUCAGGGAAUGGGAUUUUUAGCAGGUCUAUUGCUUCUUUACAUGAGUGAAGAAGAUGCAUUUUGGUUGUUGGUUGCAUUACUGAAAGGAGCUGUCCAUGCUCCCAUGGAAGGAUUAUAUCAGGUGGGGCUGCCUCUUGUACAACAAUACCUUUUCCAGUUUGACCACUUGGUGAAGGAGCAUAUGCCAAAGCUGGGAGAACAUUUCACCCGAGAAAUGAUAAAUCCUAGCAUGUAUGCAAGUCAGUGGUUUAUAACUGUUUUCUCUUACUCUUUCCCAUUCCAUUUGGCUCUUCGAAUUUGGGAUGUCUUUCUCUAUGAGGGUGUCAAAAUCGUUUUUAAAGUGGGUUUGGCUCUAUUAAAAUAUUGCCAUGAUGACUUGGUAAAAUUACCCUUUGAGAAAUUAAUACAUGCUUUGCGUAACUUCCCUGAGGAUGCCAUGGAUCCAGAUACACUAUUACCAAUGGCUUACUCAUUCAAGGUGUCCAAGCGAUUGGAAGAACUGAAGCAGGAGUAUGACAAACAGACCGGAAAGCCAGUUCAACCUCCAAAACAUAGUGGGAACCAGAAAGAGUCACAAUGAAGUCACCUGAAAUGAAGAUGUGGAUAUCAAAUAUUCCUUCCAGCAUUGGUGACUGUUCAUAGUUGAAUAUAUCAUUUAAAUGACGCGCUAUGUGGGAUCUCUUUUGUAAGAAACAGUAGGGUGAUAGCAAUGUUCAUAUGGAAUCAUCUGACUCAUCUCCUAUUAGGACUGAAUUCUCCUCAUGAUUUUCACAUGUGUGAUAGUGAUUAAUAUGAUAAUAAACCUUUUUCCUCAGAAAACUUGCAUACAA